UAGUAUCAGUUAGCUUUCGUAUUUUGCAUAACAAUAAGUCGACAGUCUUGUCGGGAGCUUUCGACAAAAUAAAAUGGCGAUUUCGUUGUUUGGAAAGUGUAUAAUAGUUGGGAUUAUUUGCAAAGAAUUGAAUGCGUUACAAGUGAACAUGAAUUCUCACAUCACGGCAGCUAUCGGUGAUUCAGAUGUAGAGCUCAGAUGUCAGCUUACAACAGAAAACGAUGAUUUUGUCAAUCUCAUUCAUUUAACAGCCAGAAAUAAAACAACUAACAGUUUUUACCAGAUAAUAACAUUUUAUCCACCACAUCGUAACAAAGUAGCAUCUUUAAGCACUGGCGGACAGUAUCUCAGUGGACGUGUUUCACUUACGAACCCUACAGGUUCUCUCAACGUCGCCAUCAUGUCUUAUAAUUCAGUACAAUGUGAAGAUGACACUGACUAUGGAUGUGAUGUAUAUUAUGAUAAUAAUGGACAAUUAAAUACCAUGCAAUCUGAUCCCACAACGAUAACUAUUACAAGUCCAUCAUCAAAGCCAGACAGUGUGGUAAUGUUUCCUUCCGCUGGUAUAGUCCACGAGGACUAUGUUUCGUUUAUCUGUAAGGGUGAUGUAGGUAAUCCAGCCGGCACAUUCAUCUGGAGAAAGCAUCUCGCUGGUGAACAUAAUCCUGUUAUUUACAGCGAACCCGUGACUGUUCCCACGGAGAUACCAGGAAGUUGCAGUUUCCAUGGUACCAGUAACUUGACUAUACAAUUAACAGAGGAUGAUAAUGGUGCAACAAUAAGCUGUGUAGAACAGUCAUACCAGGUAGAGAAUAUGAUGAAAAAAACGUCACCAUUAAUCAUACAUUAUAAAGUAAGGAACGUUGAAAUAUCAAAAGAUCCGGAUGUUGACACUCAUAUUCGAGACCCUAUGAACCAGAUCAACUUAACAUGUGUCGCUGAGGGUAACCCUUCACCUUAUUACAACUGGUACAAAGAACCAGAUUUGGAGACUGUUGUGUCAUCUGGCGAUACUUUCAUUAUCAAGGAAAUGUUUACAAAUAAAAGUGGUAUAUACAGAUGCAAGGCCUACCACUAUAUAAGCGGGGCAAUGUAUAGUGAGGAGCAGAUGGUCAACAUAACAAUAGUUGAAGACCCGAAUAAAAUGCCAUCAUGGGGAGAUCCUAAAACUAAAAGUGGGAGUACAGUGAUAGUUGUGGUAAUACUGGCUUUAGUUGUGGUGAUAACCGUUGUAAUUCUCAGUUAUAUUUACUACCGCAGAAAAAACAUAGAAUCUUCAGACUUAAGAGAAGUUUUGUCCAAAUUCAAGUGUCAGCAAGUAUUUUCUAGAAUCAAAUGUCCUCGAUCGUUCCCAAGAAUCAAAUGUCCACGUUCGUUCCCGAAAGUCACAUGUCCACAGUUCUUAAGAAGAAAAGUAAGUGAGACAAAGGUUGGUAGCGGUGAGAGUUGGGCGGAGUCUGAUAGAAGUUCUAUCCACACUGAUCAUAAUAUAGACCUGUCUCCAGAAUAUUCUACAGUUAUUAAUGAAAACGAGACUAUAGAUACCAGACCUAAGGCACAUCCGAGAAAGAAUCAUUAUGAUGACGUAGUAAUGCAAUUGGAUGAGAAAUCAGGUCAGAAAAGAAUAGUUCCAACUUCCGAUGAUCACCUUGACGACGACAUGGUUAAAUCAGCUGAUGACUCGACAUUGUACACAAAUGCAAAACUGGUAGAACAAAACAAAUUAACAAAAUCAACAGACCUGUCUAGAAUAUAUGCCUCUGUAAACAAGAGACAAAGCGAUGUCAGUCCACAGAGCAUACCAGUGCCUGCUGCACGUUCCAAAAGUCAGCUAAAUAUAGAUCAUAUAGAAUUUGCUGAUGCCGGAGUUAGGAGUAGACCACAUAGUUUCAUUGGCGAAAAUAAAUUAAAUCUCUUCACAAUCGACAUUGAUCAACCAGACAGGAGAACAACAACCAGCAAGACAUUCGGGAAAGGCCCAAAACAGACGGAACAAAAUGGCGACGAUGAUAAACUGCCAGACCCGCCAUCUAUUUCAGAUACAGAAGACAAUUUAUUGGACAGUGACGAAACAUUGACAGAAGAAAGAGCAUUUAGAAACGAUGCGCUCCAUUCUGAUGACAAUUCAAAGAAUGUUGAGAGAGAAAACAUUAAAUCAAGUUACACAAAUCUUUAUGAUAAAACCGAAAACCAGAACGAGACCGGAACUCAAACCGAGACCAUACUGUCGUCGCCAAAAAAAUUCCCUUCUAUCAAACCUCCAAACAUGGACAGUUAUAUAAUCACGGAUAAACAUAAAGAAAAAAAAUUUUCGAGCGUAUAGUUGCUAAUACUAGUAUUCAAGAGUAUAUUAUCUGAGUGACAGAAGAGGCGUCUCAAGUUGAAAUAACUCACUGUUCCUCUAUCGUGAAUGAGCUUUAAAUUGCUGUUUCGGAAGUCGUACAUAUAACAGAUGCAUUAACACAAAGGACCAACCUCUGUUUGAAAAUUGACGUCAAUGUGCCUGUUUCAAAGGAAACGUACGAAUUUUUUUCAUAAUGUAGACAUUUUUUUAAACUCGGAUAUAUUUAAAUUCUUUUACAAGUGGGUAGGAUAUAGCUCGGAAUAUGGUUCUUGUCCAUGUCCAAAGCAGAAGGGAUACUGUUUUAGGUGAGGGUGGGAGUUUAGUCGUAGUUAUUGUUUUUACUUGCUAUAAUUAAAAUUGAAGCGUACUUAAUCAAGUAUUACUACUGAAAUCAAUACAUUUGUUAAACAAAAAAAUUAUAAUUCCACUAAAAUAUUUUGUCGGUGAAAUUGACCAGUUUGACGUCACCGAUUUUGUUUCCAAAUUCCAUAGAAUUAUGUUAAAUUCUAAAUAUUGCUGUUAAAGUUAGAACUAAAUUAUGAUCUAUUUAUACGAUCGACGUAGAGAUUAUUAGUAGAAUAUGUUUGCCUCUUUUUGUGGUUUUCCGUAAUAUUACAGACACGAAAAAGUAGUUUUGGUCCAAUGCACAUACGAUGGGAAUAAGAGGAAAUUGAGACCGUCUCUAAAACGUAACCAUGAAUAAUAGCGGGAAUUAUUUAAAAAUAUCUAGAGCAUACGUUAACCAAAGAACGGAAUAUAGAAAUAUUUAAAAACUGAUUUAUUAUUUAGACCAUUUUUUUAUUUGGUCAGUUAAAAUAUAUCUACACGGAGAGGUUAUGCAAUUAUGUGGUAUAUUGUGCUAUUCAAGAAACAGUAUUAUCAACAAAUCAGGGUAUCAGUCAAGUGUUUUAAUUUUAUUGUACAUGUAUAUCAUUUACAUAUUGAUAAAAGACAUUAUACACAGGGGUUACUAUGUGCAAUUGUUGUAACUGUAAUUGGUAAGAAUAUGUGACUGAUAGAAUUUCUGAUGCAUUUUGGGUAAUGAAAAGACAAAGGAAUAAAAUGACUAAAAAGCA